AGAACCCGCCGUCGAUCCUGGAGGAGGCGGAGGCGCGGGUCACGGUGCUCGAGAGUGAUCCCAUCGGCCAGCACGUGACCCUCAUCAACGCCCGAGACGAGGACGGGGACCGCGUGUGGUUCGAUAUUAUAGCCGGUGACGACGAGUACAAGUUCGCCAUCGGGAGGGACACGGGCAGCAUCAUGUUGGCAGGAAAGUUGGAUGCUGAGAAGAAAUCUCUGUACAACCUCACUAUUGGAGUCACGGACGGCGUGUAUACUGUCACCAGCCAGGUGAUCGUCUCCGUCCUGGACGUGAACGACAACCGGCCGGCGUUCUCGGAGCCCACGUACGAGGUGGAGGUGGGCGAGAACACGUCCCCGGGAACCACCAUCGCCACCCUCACCGCCUCCGACCCCGACUCCGACAAGCACCUCACCUUCACGCUCGUCAACACGGCCCACGUCGCCUCCGCCUCCAAGUUCAUGGUCAGCCCGGAGAGCGGGGACAUCGUUCUGUACGAGCCGCUAGACAGGGAGGUGCAGGAGGUGCACAUCCUGACCGUGUGCGUGAAGGACCGCAUCAUCCCCAUCAAGAGCGACUACGCGCGCGUGAUCAUCCGCGUGCGGGACUACAACGACCACGCGCCGCAGUUCCUCGCCACCCUGUACAACGGCACGGUCACGGAGACGGCGGCGGUGGGCACGGCCGUCACGGAGGUGGUGGCCGUCGACAGGGACAAGGGCGUCAACGGGGACAUUACGUACUCCAUUAUCUCAGGUAACAUCGGGGGCGUGUUCAGCCUCCACCCCUCGACGGGCAUCAUCUCCCUGGUACGCCACGUGGACAGACAGGAGAUGCCCGAGUACUGGCUGGCUGUGCGGGGAAGCGACAACGGAUCGCCGCCCAAGCACUCGCACGUCAAUGUCAAUAUCCAUGUAAAGAUUGCUCACGGGGCUCCGCCAAGGUUCCUGAAGAAGGAGUACGUGUUCGAGGUGAGCGAAAAGGCCCACGUCGGGGACUACCUGGGCAUCGUGGAGGUGGAGAGCCGCCUUGGCGUGGUGUUCUCCCUCAACGUGGACUCCAGGCGGAUCCCCUUCGCCAUCAACCCCUCGACCGGAACCGUGUCCCUCGACGCCCCUGUGGACUACGAGAAGAGCCAGUCCUACAACUACACCGUGUUUGCGUCGUCGAUGAACGGACAGGAGUCAACAGCUCACGUGGUGAUCAACGUCUUGGACGAGAACGACAACCCCCCCUACUUCACCCAGAGCAGCUACGUGGGCCACAUUUCCGAAGCGGCCGCCGUCAACUCGGUCGUCCUGAUGGAGGAUAACACCCCCCUGGUCAUCUCUGCCAAGGACAAGGACUCGGACCAGAAUGCCAACCUGUUGUUUACCAUCUUGGAAGAGGAGGCGAGGAAGUACUUCGCCAUCGACUCCUCGACUGGUGCUAUAAGGACUGUAGGACCUUUGGAUCACGAGGUCGUAUCCAAGGUGACCUUCAGCGUUAAGGUCCACGACAACGGCCACCCGAGACUGUGCGCCUCGACCACGGCCACGGUCACCAUCACCAUCACUGACAUUAACGACGUCCCCCCUCGGUUUCUGCUGCAGGAGUACAAUGCUUCCUUACUCAUACCCACCAAUGUUGGCGUGGCUGUUGUGCAGCUCAACGCAACGGACCUCGAUUUCGAUGGCAAGGCUAAUCUGGAGUAUGAAAUAGCGGACGGAAAUAAGGACGGCAAGUUCAAGAUCAAUUCCAAGACGGGGCUCAUUACCGUGAACGAAUCCAGGAACUUGGCUGGUUUUUAUCGACUAAAAGUGACUGUGAAUGACGGACAGUUCGCCUCCAGCACCACGGCCAACAUCCACGUGGAACCGAUACCCAACACAGGCCUGAGAUUCAGCGAGGACAAGUACUUCGCGGCCGUGGAGGAGAACAGCACCCGGGUGGACAAGGUGGUGAUGGUGCACGUGCUGGGCAGUGAACUGAAUGAACAUCUGAAGUUCAGCAUCCUGAAUCCUACCGACAUGUUCGAGAUAGGAGAGACUUCGGGCGUGAUCCAGACCCGAGGGAGGCCGUUUGACAGGGAGGUUCAGGAUAACUAUCUACUCAUAGUUGAGGUCCGGAGCAUCCUCCCCAGCGUGCCCGCCCGCGUGGCCCACGUGCAGGUCCACGUCGUGGUCACGGACCGGAACGACAACGCCCCGAUCUUCGUCAACAAGCCCUACUACGGCGUCAUCUCGGUCGACGCCAAGAAGAACCAAGUGGUGUUCAGGGUCCACGCCACCGACUUCGAUGCCGACGAAAACCGCGACGUCCGCUACGAACUGCAGCGAGGCAACGGCGAGCUCUUCAGCGUCAGCCGGUCCACGGGCGAGAUCAUCCUCAGGCAGACCCUCGAGGGCCUCAAGAGCGAGUACGAGCUCAUCGUCAGCGCGUACGACGGAGGCUCUCCACCUCUCUCCUCCCAAGUCCCGGUGCGGCUGAAGGUGGUGGACAGAUCCCAGCCCAUCUUUGACCGGCAGUUCUACAGUGCCACAGUGGCCGAGGAUGCAGACACUCACACGCCCAUCGUGACCGUCGUGGCCCACAGUCAACUCAAUAGGAAGCUUAUCUACACCAUUGUGGGAGGAAAUGAACACCAGACUUUUGCCAUGGAGCAUGAAGAAGGUCUGAUCAGAGUGCAAGACGAUCUUGACUUCGAGAGCCAGAACACGUACCAGCUGACAGUGCGGGCCACAGACAGUCACUCGGGCAAGUGGGCGGAGGUCGUGGUGUCAGUGCAGGUGAUCGACGUGAAUGACAACCCUCCAGAGUUCUUACAACACUUCUACAACGUCACGGUGUCCGAGGCUACAGCGAUCGCUACCCCCAUCCUCACCAUAACCACGUCGGACCUGGACACAGGACCCAACGCUGGUGUCACCUACAGGCUAAUGGGACUCAAUGGAACUCUGCCUGACAACUUCUACAUGGAGGGAGACUCGGGCGUGUUGAUCCUGAAGCAGGGACUGGACAGGGAGACGGCUCCUGUCCACCACUUCCUGGUCCAGGCCAUUGACAAGGGGACACCGCCACUCUCGUCCACAGCACAUAUCUUAGUAACAGUGGUGGACAUGAACGACAACCCCCCAGUAUUCGAGCAGCAGGCACAGCGGUGUGUCAUAACAGAGGACGCCUCGAGGGGACACUUUGUCACCCUCGUCUCUGCCUCGGAUGAAGAUGUCAGUGAUGUCGACAAACUAACGUACUCAAUUGUUGAUGGGAAUGACAUGCAAGCCUUUGUCAUUGAGCCCACAACCGGCAUAGUAACCGUAUGGAACAACCAAAAACUCCAGGAGAGUAACCAGCACAUCCUGAACAUUUCCGUGACCGAUGGCGUCUUCACGGCCUACUCGAGGCUUGUGGUGACCAUUUCCCCUGUCAACGCCCGCUCGCCCACCUUCAGAGUGGCCCAGUACAACGCCCGAAUACAGGAGAAUGUCAUCAAGACCACAGUUGCCCAAGUGUCAGCCCGAGAUGACGAUUCGGGGCGCUAUGGAGACGUGACGUAUCAUUUCAUAGGAGACAAGGCUCACAGUUUCUUCAGGAUCAAUGAGAAUACAGGAGAGGUAUGGACGUCGAAGGUGUUUGACAGAGAAGAGAGGAGGGAAUAUUCCUUUACCGUCAUGGCCAUGGACAUCGGCGGCCGCACAGGGUUCACGACGCUGCACAUCACAGUCGACGACGAAAACGACAAUAAACCUGUAUUUAAGCAGUCUGAUUACAAGGCCAUUAUCAGGUCCAACACAACUGCUGGCACUGUUGUGUUGACGGUUUCGGCCGAGGAUCCCGACGAAGGAGAAAACGGGAACGUCACUUACCAGUACCACAUGUCGACUCUGCCAGACACUAUGGACGCCUUCGCUAUCGAACCCACGACCGGGAAUAUUAUUCUGAAGAAAAACGCAAAUGAACUGGGAAGCUCCGAAUUCGAGUUCUUUGUCGAAGGCAGAGAUAAGGGCAAAAAGUCCCUGCAUUCCAACGUCGCUGUGUUGCUUCGUAUCGUGGGGGUUGACGUGAAGCCUCCGGAGUUUCUGUCCAGGAAAUACUCGCUCCCCGUGUCGGAAGAUACUCAGCCAGGAACGCGCAUUGGCGACGUUGCCGCCCGUUACGAUGGCGAACUUCAGUACGUGGUUGACUGGGGGGGCCACGAGGUUUCACCCCCGGUUUCAGUGUCUCCCAGUGGCACUCUGACCCUCACGGCACUCCUCGACCAUGAAGAAACACAGCGUCUGUCCCUCAUUGUAACGGCCGUGCCCAUCGCUGAGCCCGAACUCGCCGCCAGCACCACAGUGGAGAUCGAGGUUCAAGAUGUGAACGACGAAGCCCCGGCGUUUGAGAGCGAGACUUACUACGUGUCUGUCGCCGAGAAUACUCCCUCAGGUUCCAAUGUUGUUAAAGUAUUCGCCAAGGAUAAGGACACCGGGAGCAACGCCGAGGUCCGCUACACCUUGGAGGAGCAGUCGCCCCUUCUGGAGGAACCUCUCUUCACCCUCGACCCUUACUCCGGAUGGCUCUCCCUCAACCAAGAGCUCGACGCUGAGACCAAGUCCAAAUAUGAGCUCAAGGUGAUUGCCAAGGAUAACGGGAGCCCUCAGCGCAGUUCGACGGCGACCAUAAUGAUUGACGUCAUAGAUUAUAACGACAAUCCUCCCCAGUUUGUGAAAGAUGAAUAUCGGUCAGCAGUGCGCGAGGAUGCACUACCAGGGACUGUCGUCGUUCAGCUCGAAGUUCAGGACUACGACCUGGGAGGAGGGGCGCUGGACGGAGAGGUAGACCAGGGCAUCAUCUACUACCUCACCGCCGGCAACGCCCUCCAGCACUUCCAUGUCCGAAGCGGCGGCCAGAUCUACGUGGCCAAGAAGCUGGACCGGGAAGUGGUCGACCAGUAUGCCUUGGAAGUAACCGCUACCGACGGGGUGUUCGUUGCUAAGGCCUGGGUCUUCAUAGAGAUUCAGGAUGUGAAUGAUAAUGGUCCCAUGUGUACAACGCCCCUGUACCGCCACACCAUCAGCGAGGCAGCUCUCCCUGGCACCUACUUACUGAGAGUGACAGCCACAGACAAAGACUUAACUUCCACACCACAGUUCUACGUCACAGGGCAGGGUGCAGGGAGCUUUGUCAUGGACCAGGAAACGGGACAGCUGACGGUCGCGAAACAGCUAGACAGGGAAACGCAGUCCCAGUUCUCGUUGAAGGCUAUAGUUAAGGACGGGACCAAUGAGGAAUGGCAGUGCACGUGCCAGGUGGAGAUUCAGAUAACGGACGUGAAUGACAAUGCUCCUGUGUUCAGUAUGCCGAGUUACAGUAUUAACGUACCUGAAAACUCCCCUGAGAACCUGCUCUUAUUGAAGAUACAUGCAGCAGAUCCUGAUAAAGGAAUGAACAGGAAAGUGACCUACGGCAUAGAAGGAAAUGAUAUAUUUUUGAUGGAUCGCCAGACAGGGAUCUUGAGCGUGACUCAGAGCUUGGACAGAGAAAAGCAGGCUAUGUAUAACCUCACUGUCAUUGCAAAGGACCACGGUACACCACAGCUGUCCGCCAGAACAAACAUCCUUGUGUUAGUUUCAGAUAUGAACGACAAUCCCCCUGAGUUUGCAAGUCACACAUACUACACAACAGUGACAGAGAGUGCAACCAUAGGCUCUGAAAUCGUCAGAGUCUUGGCCACGUCACGAGAUUCGGGAAAGAAUGCUGAAAUAACAUACUCUAUCAUUGGUGGCAAUGAACACCGCAAGUUUACCAUCAACCCAAAGACAGGCGUUGUAUCAGUGAUGGACCCUCUAGACUACGAGAGAGCCCACAACUACCAGCUGACCGUUCAGGCUACGGAUGGUGGAGAACCUCCUCUCUCCAACCACGCUACCGUCAACGUCACCAUCACAGACAUCAAUGACAAUGCGCCCAUAUUCCUACAGAAUUCCUAUUCUGCCAUAGUCAACGAGGCUGCUCUGAAUCGAGAGAGACUCAUUCAGGUCAUUGCAACAGACUUAGACAGUGAAGCUAAUGGCAAGAUCAGCUAUGCCAUAGCAAAUGGAGACCCCAAGAAGCAAUUCCAGAUCGAUCCUCAGUCAGGACACGUGUCUGUAGCUGGACCGCUUGACAGGGAGACUGUGUCAUCCUACAACCUAGAGGUGAUUGCCCUGGAUCAUGGCAUUCCUCAGCGGUCCGGCUCAGUCAUGCUGAACAUCGAGGUCAGCGACGCCAAUGACAAUCCUCCCGUGUUUGUUGAGACCAACCAUACUGCUUAUGUUCAGGAGGACAAACCAGUCAACCAUCUGGUUUUCAAGUUUGACAUCAUUGACAAUGAUGACGAAGGCUCUGGCAAUGGCAGGCCUUUCACCUUUGAGAUUCGGAAUGGGAAUGAAAACAAUGAAUUCCGGAUGACUCAGGAUGGACACCUGCGCACCGCUACGAAGUUCAACCACAUGGUCAAGGCAGACUACCAUUUGCUCAUAAGGGUGUACGACAACGGGCGUCCCCCACUCUUUGCAGAGACAUGGAUUGACGUCAAGAUCAUUGAAGAGUCUCGCUACCCUCCGAUGGUACUCCCUCUCUACGUGACAGUAUUUGUACAUACAGGAGACUACUUUGGUGGUGUCCUUGGUAAAAUCAAAGCUGCAGAUGAGGACCCAUAUGACACACUCACGUACUCUGUUAUAUCCAGCAACAAUGGAGGAACAUCUAGGUACUUCUCCAUUGACCCCCGUGACGGCACUCUGUCCUCUGUGGGUGGUUUGGAUGAAGGAUCCUACACCGUCAAUAUUUCAGUAACAGAUGGGAAGUUCACAACCAUUGGCCAAGCGGAGACUGAUGUUAUCAAUAUUAGUGAUGAAAUGGUAGAGAAUGCUGUUAUUGUGCAACUGGGAGGGGCUACUGCAGAGGAGUUCCUUCUGUCCUACAAGCGCAGUUUCCACAGAGGUAUCAAGAACCUCAUGAAUGUAAAGUCGAGGGACGUCAUCAUCCUCAGUCUCCAAAACAGUCACACAAGAACGAGACGAGAUGGCAAGAAGAAAGUGAGCAAAGGAAAAUAUGGAACUGCAGCUGAUCUUGAUGUCUUAUUUGCUGUAAGGAAGAAUGGAGGCGCUUUCUACCCAAGAAGCCUGGUUCGUAAGAAGGUCACCUCUGGUCAGCAGACACUGGAAUCGGUGCUCGGGCUGCAGGUGGUAGGUGUGGUGGAAGACGAGUGCACAGAAGAUACCUGUGAGAAUGGUGAGUGCAGGGAACAAGUGGUGCUGGAUGACAGUCAGGUUGCCAUUGUAACAGAUACUAAGAGCUAUGUAUCUCUGCACCACCGUCAUGAGUCAAAGUGUGUCUGCCCUAUUGGCUUCUCUGGUGCCCGCUGUGAGAUUGUCAUUAACGAGUGUGCACACAACCCAUGCCCCUCGUUCAAGAUAUGUGAACCAGAUAGUUCAAGACUUGGAUAUAUAUGUGUCUGCCCAGAAGGUUUGGUUGGGGCCACAUGCAGCUUGAACAAGACCAGCUGCAUAGGGAGAGACACUAACCCGGAAUGUUACUCUCCUGUCUCCCCGUUGUCCUUCCGAGGCAAAAGCUACGCACAGUAUUCCCUCAGGAACCCAAUUGAACGACACUUCUCCUUCUCUCUCUGGUUCCGCACGCUGCAUCCAUCAGGGAAUUUGAUGUUCACUGCUGGAAGAAUUGAUUAUAGCAUCCUAGAGCUUGAGGAAGGGGAAGUCAGAUACAGGUGGGACUUGGGGAGUGGUGAAGGCCUUGUAACUGUUUCAUCUGUUCGAGUGGAUGACGGGCAGUGGCACCACGUUGAUAUAGAGCGGUUUGGCAGCACAGCUGAAGUGAAGGUUGAUGGCAAUUUCAUGGAAAAAGGAACCUCCCCUGGUUCAUCCGACCUUCUCAAUCUUGAAACCCCACACCUGUACCUAGGAGCAGAAGUGAGACCAUGGGCAGGAGCCCAGGACCCACGGCAAGGGAUGGUUGGCUGCAUUGAUGACCCUAGAUUGGAUGAUACCCCCUUACCUCUGACUCAUCAGGCAACCACCAAGGUGGCAUCACUCACCCGCCUGGCCCACGUGGUGCAACACUGCCAGUCUGAGUUACAGCCGCCAGGUGUCUGUGGUGCUCACCCCUGUCUUAAUGGUGGCACUUGUGAAGAACGCGGAGCAUCGUUCAUUUGCCAGUGCCAUCCUCGUUUCCUUGGGUCACGUUGCGAGCUGGACUCCAAUCCUUGUGCUUCCUCACCUUGUUUAAACAAUGGCCACUGUGUCAACAUUGAAAACACUUACAGAUGUGAAUGUCCAGCUCGUGUGUCAGGCCCUCGCUGCCAGUACAUGUAUUGCAACCCUAAUCCUUGUCUGAACAGAGGAACUUGUGAGGAGGGUAUUUCUGGCCCAAUAUGCAAGUGUCAUGGGUUCACUGGAGCCUACUGUAAUAUUGACAUCAAUGAAUGUGCCAAGAACCCCUGUCAGAAUGGCGGCAGUUGCAUCAACACGUAUGGGAGCUUCCGGUGCAUGUGUCCAGGAAAUACUACAGGACCUUACUGUGGUGUUCACACAGUCGGACUGAUCAAUAUUAAAAUGGAGGAGAUCAUCUACAUAGUCAUUGGCAUAGUGUCAGUCAUCAUUCUUGGCCUGAUCAUUGUCUUGGCAAUGCACUGCCGAGAGAGGAGAGCUGCUCGCAGAAGACAGUUGAUAGAGCAGACAAACCAUGUUAUCCUGAAACCAAAAAAUACAGACAAUCAUAACAUCUACAAGAGAAAUUCUAAGAUGAGCAAUCUGGAAGCCUCACAGAAUCCGCACGGUUGCACGCCUCGCCCCGACUCCUACCCCACUAGUCCUAGUGAACCUGCGUACAUGCCGCUAAACAACUUUGACACCAUCCGUAGCUACGGCUCAGCUGGGGAUGAGCUAGAGAACCUUCCACAGUACUCCCGGGACUUUGUUCAAAACAUAUCCAAGCCCAACAGCCUCCACCAUCACCACCACCUCCACACCCCCCAGAUUAACCCUCUUGGGACCCCCCGGGGCUCCACCCUGGGCUCCACCCUGGGCUCCACCCUGGGCUCGCCAGGAUCCACUUUGGCAGCAGAUACAGACAGUUUGCAUAAACCGUGGAAGGAUGCACUUGCACAUAAUCUGAAGGACACCUACUAUGAGAAUGCCAAGAUCCAAAAUGAUGUAAAGUUCCGUCAGGGUGAGUACAUGAGCCUCAAGAAACUAAGUGUUGAUGGCAGCACCAGGGAUGAUGCGAGUGUGCGGUCUGGGGCCUCAAUGGACGAUCUGCCAGUGGAGGGCCCAGUAGAUCCUGGUAGAGAUAUGGAGACCUUGCCAGCAGAUGAGCUUGUAAGUGAGUGUGGUACUGAAUUCGAGCUUGAGUCCCGACCUGACCUAGAUACCUCACAGUUACUCGACCCCAAUUCUGACGCAGGGGCCGAGUCUGACACUUCACUCUUCAUUCCCCAACCUCAAAGAUAUGAAACUCACCCAAACCAGUAUCUCCCACGUUACCAAGUGGGAAGUGAAACGGAAACAGACGAUGAGAGGGGGAAGUUGCUGAACACACUUGAUGAUCCCUACAGUGUAGUCUACAGGCCUCCACCAAUCAACCAUCUCCCAGAGGACCGCGAUGGUGCCACAUACUCUCCUUACAGAGUUCGGAGCAAUCGCAGGCAUGACACCGUUAAACGCUUUAGUGAAUUCGGAGCAGAUAUAUCCGUGAUUUCUGGCAUGGAAGACGAAGAGGAAGGAGCCUCCUUGUGGGGUGGUGCAGCAUCCAAUACAUCUGCAUCUGACCUGGACAAUGUCUGUGAUAUUGAGGACUCAGAAGUCAACUCAGAGUUUGAGAAUGACGACAAAAUUAAGAAAUAGAUUUGAUGGAUACUAGAUUUUUUAAAAAACAAAACGGAAGAAAAAAAUAAAUCCAAGUGAAAGCGCACAAAUAGUUUAAACCAAGGAAAGGUGUACAGGUGUCUUUAAAAAGUACUUUUAGGAAUAUGACUGAAAAAUGGAAAAGAAAAGGAUAUUUUAGGAUAAUGGUAUUCUCAUUAGUGUCUGUGGAAAUGUGUCAAGUGGAUUCUUUUGUGAAUUACAGCUGCCAUUUCUUAGUGCCUGUAAGCUGACUAAGGUUACAUAGGGAUUCCUUUUAAGUGUUAUGUAUAUCUUCCAGUGUGCCUAAAAUCCAAGGUUUUCAAUGAUACACGAGGACAUAGAAAAGGUUCCAGAUAUUUUCUGAAGUGAACCUGCAUUUUGAUUUCCUUGGGCAAAGUGCCAAUUUCUAUCAAAGUUUCCAAAAGAGAAAAUCUAGACAAGUGUGUGGUAUAGAUGCAUUAUACUUUAGUCAAUAGCACUGGAGAUGAUAGAAGUUUGUCUGCGAACAAGUGACAAGAUGUCUCCCUUGAUUAUUUAGAUUCUCAAGGCUAUUGGUGCUACUCUGAACUGCGCGACUCAUGCCAGCAGAUGGAUCAGUCUGCUAGUACUUAGAAGUCGCCUGUGUAAAACAGUGACUGUAAAUAAGUACUGUAAAUAAAAAAAAAAAAAGUGGUCAUUGUAAAUAAUUUCCAAAAUGUGUUCCACAGAAUGUUUAUAUUUUUUCCAGUGUGAACUGACAGGGUUAGAUUCUUCAGGUAAGGUGUCAAGCUGCCUGUGAAGAUUCUUGGUAACUAACCAGUCACAGAUUGGGCUGAAUGACUGACUAGUCCAUGUUAGAAAUAGGUAAUAUGUAAUGCAUUUUUUGCAUUUUAUUGUAUCAUUAUUGGUACUACAUUUUGGUAUUUUAGUUUCAUUUAUAUGUCUCAUUUUAUCACUGACUCCUUAUUUCAUUAUUCAUAGGAUGAUAGAUUAAAAUAUGAUUUGUGUUUACACAAAGUCAUUGGAGAUUUUUCUUUUCUUACUGUGACAUAUGUGAAAUGUUUAGAAACUAUUGAUUGUAUUUAUUUUAAUAGAACUGAUUGCAUUUAAAAUGGAAGACUUCCCUCCUGUUUAAGGUGGCAGUUUAUUGUGUCCUUAAGUGUCCUUGUGCAAAGAGCAUAGGAGAGAGUUGGUGUUGUGGCCAGGCAGUGCCGGAUGCCCAUCUAGCCGUAGUGGGGUUUGUCCUGCAGUUGCCAUGAUGACCUGGAAUGAUGCUUGUUGCUAAACUUGAUUAACAUGAAUUGAGCAGCUUUUAUAUAUAUACAUAUUUAUAUAUAUAUAUAAACUUUUAAAAAUAUUACUUCUGUAAUUUUUAUGUAUUUUAUUGACAAUGAUAUCUUAAUUAAUCCAAUCAAGCAUAGACAAUUCUCCAAAACUGCUUCCCAAAACAGGCUUCCUACAUAACCAAGGAACGUUUUUGUAAACAUAAUUAAAUAUUCAAAUUACUUGUACGUUGGAACUGGAGAUGUAAGUUCACCUCUUUUAUUUACUCGGUUUGACAUGUGACAUGAUCAGUAAAACAAGUUUUUUUUUUAAUGUUAUCCAUAUUAAUCUAUUAUUUUUUCUGGAACUAACAAAGAAAUCCCUGUUUAUAAUAUCGAAGGACUGAUUACUGACCAUGUCAUGAACAUUGUGCUUUGCAAUCCUACCAGCUGUCAUAUCCUCUGUACCAUUCCGUUCCUGAUAGGUUAUUGUACUAACCGAAGUACUUGUGAUAAUAGCUAUACUCUGUAGAGGAGGGAUUCAUAUUUUUAAUGUGAACUAAUACAGGAGUAACGGUUAUAUUAAAACAGUUUUAUGAAUAAUUGUAUGGUUGCUUUGGCAGCUAUUGUUUUAUACAGAUUUUGUAAAUAAACUUGUAAUAACUUG